UUUGUUGCCACACAAAUAUAAAUACGUGCUUCAUGGCAAGCUUAUGACUUUGUGAGCCGAGAAAACAUUGCAAAAAAACCUUCACAGCAUCUUUCAAAUUUGUUUUGCUCAGGCAAUCCAUCGAAAUAUCCAGAAGACAUAUACGAAAUGCAUGCGCAUGAGAGAGUGCAAAACAUUGCUUCAAUAUCCAAGGACGAAAUCCCGGCGGAGUUCAUUAGGUCAGAGAAUGAGCAACCAGGAAUCACAACCGUACAUGGGACAACCCUGGAGUGCCCUACCAUUGAUUUUAGCAUCCAGGACGAUGAAAAGAUCCUCAACCAAAUUGUCGAGGCAAGCCGUGACUGGGGCAUGUACCAAAUUGUGAACCAUGACAUUCCCAAUGAGGCCAUAAAAAAGUUGCAAGAGGUGGGGAGGACAUUUUUUGAGCUUCCACAAGAGGAAAAGGAGCUUUAUGCUAAGCCUCCAGAUUCCAAGUCUGUGGAAGGGUACGGGACACGGCUUCAGAAGGAACUGGAAGGCAAGAAAGGGUGGGUGGACCAUUUAUUUCAUAGGGUUUGGCCUCCUUCUGCCAUUAACUACCAGUUCUGGCCUAAAAGCCCUCCUUCUUACAGGGAGGCCAGUGAGGAGUAUGUCAAUCAUCUCCACAAGGUGGUGGACAAGUUGUUCAAGAUGCUAUCUUUAGGGUUGGGGAUUGAAGGACACGAGUUAAAGAAGGCUGCUGGUGGGGAUGACUUGGUUUACCUUCUAAAAAUAAAUUAUUACCCACCAUGUCCCCGCCCUGACCUUGCUCUUGGGGUUGUGGCUCAUACUGACAUGUCAGCACUCACCAUUCUUGUUCCCAACGAUGUUCAAGGCCUCCAAGCAUGCAGGGACGGCCAUUGGUACGAUGUUAAGUACAUCCCUAAUGCCCUUGUCAUCCACAUUGGUGAUCAAAUGGAGAUAAUGAGCAAUGGAAGGUACAAAAGUGUGCUGCAUAGAACGACGGUGAAUAAAGAGAAAGCAAGACUCUCGUGGCCAGUUUUCUUGGAGCCUCCACAGGAGCACGUAGUAGGGCCUCUCUCACAGCUUGUGAACGACGAGAAUCCACCUAAGUACAAGUCCAAGAAGUUUGGCGAGUAUUGUUACUGCAAGCUCAACAAGAUUCCACAGUAAAUUUUAAAGGCAACUCUCUCUGACUAUGAGAGCCCAACAAACUUUACAUGCACUUCUAGUUAUUAUUUUAAUUUGCGUACAAGGAUGUUAGUAUAGUUAACUCUUUUCAACUGUACGUCAAAGUUGAAAUAAUAUUUAUUGGAUAAUUAUCAACAAUCAAUUACAAUUUAUAUAUGCUA